ACUCAAAACACGGGGAAAAGAAGAAGACAGGGUCAAGGUUCUAUCGAGAUUGCGGCAUGAUAAUCCAUUUAUAUGUUUGCUCUUGUCAUCCUAAAGCUUAUCUCCGCCUGUAUUAAACCUUUGUUGCUUGCCGCUAUCGAGGUAAAUUGCGUGAUUGGGGGAAAUAUUGGAUUUCUUUGGGUAAGGCCGGCACUUGUUUCUACUUAGCAUUUGCUUAAUUUUGGUCAGACAUGAACACGUGAUGUUUGAUGAAUCGAUCAUGCUUAAUGGAGGAGAAUGGUAAAGAAUAAAACUGAGGAAUUUAUCUUUUUGGUGGUUUUCCGGUGUCCGACUAAGGAUGGCGUCUUCUGCUAUGAAGGCGGUGGCGGAGAAGGUCGGACCUGCAGCUCGUAAGCACGUUCUGUCAAUGUCCGAUGCUGCCGCUGAGAGGAUACGUUACUUGCUAAACCUCCGGAAGCGGCCUUACCUCCGGCUUGGUGUCAAGGCGCGUGGCUGCAAUGGUCUAUCCUACACCCUUAACUAUACUGAUGAAAAGGCUAAAUUUGAUGAACUGGUGGAGGACAAGGGUGUCAAAAUACUGGUUGAUCCUAAAGCUCUUAUGCAUGUAAUUGGAACAAAGAUGGAUUAUGUUGAUGACGCACUGAAGUCAGAAUUCAUAUUUAUCAAUCCCAACUCAAAAGGGCAAUGUGGGUGCGGGGAAUCCUUUAUGACAAGAAGCAGCACUCCAAAUGCUAAAACAGCCGGUCCACAACACAAUUCUUCUGCGGCAUCUUAAGGAGAGUCUGGUUUUGCAGUCUCAAAUGCUGUACUUAAUUCUCUAAUUGAACCUAAUGCCGUUUUAGCGAGGGCAAGUAGUUGAUGAAAUUUGCCUAACGCAAGCGUUUAUUCGAGACCUAACAUUGUUUAGUCGAUAGAUUCCUUACAUUUCAAUGAUCCCAGGAGGUGGUGAUGUAAUAUAAGCCAACAAUAACAUAUCCAAUUUGUUAUGUUUGUACAUGAACUUUUCGAUUAG